CGCGCGCUCCGGACUCAGUUACGCGGUGACCGGCCUUAAGUGCACCACCACGAGAGCUGUGUCAGCUUCUCUUAAUCCGCGUGCUUUGAUAUCCAACAGUGAAACAGUUAUUAUUAUUUUAUACCAAUUAAUUAAUUUAUUUUUUUUCUUUAUAUCAAUCAACCAACGUGACUUUAUUAUUAUUAUUCGUUUCUGGAUAAAUACUAUUUACGUUAAUACAUACCAUUUGUUUAUACAAGUGUAAUUGUUAGACUUGAUAUUUUAUUGAAUUUUCAUCGAUGAUUUUUCAACAAACCAGCCAGACUUAAAUUAAUCUUUAAUCGCCUGAAGAAGAAUCAUCUGAUCAACCACAUCUUCUGACGGGAAUCUGUGAACAACUUUUUGGAAUAAACAACAUAGAUGCUGGAUCAUUCAAGUGUUUAUCAGUUCGACUGUCAUAAUACCCCAGUGGUGGAUACUUUUAUCUUCGCCUAAAAAUAAAUAAUAGUUAUUAAACAAAAAAUAGAGCAAGAAUAAAAAAAGAGAGAGGGAAGAAAGAAAGAAGAAGAGGUAUUGAGUUAAAAACACCCUGAAGGAAGAACUUGGUGGCCGUAUGCGAGUUCCCAGGUCGGAAUUGUGGAACGAGCGUUUGCUGCCGCCAGAGCGUCUGGAGCUCGCUGUCAACGAAAGAGUCUUCAAUGCUAUUUGGAGGGAACCGGGAACACCAUCAACGGCGACUGUGGCAGGGCAGCUUCAUACGCAAAGCGGCGGAGACGAUUGUGAUAAAGAAUAUACCGGUCAUCAAUUGCCGGUGGAUAUAGCUAGUGAACAAAACCAACACCACCAUCAGCGUACAUCAUCAUCAUCAUCAUCUACAGAAUUAAUUUGCACAGAUCGUGGUUCAGCUACCACUGCAAUCACAACGGCUUCCACAACGACUACUGGCACUGCAUUCACAGUUGCAUCAAGUAUGCUUCUGCUACAAACACAGAGCCCAUUUGGCUGCAGCAGUUUUGCUGAUUUUCUCAGUGCACCUUACACUGAUCCUACGGAUACAGGAAGUCUCACUGAAGAGUUAGAGCCCUUUCCAGAAUUACAGUUAGGCAAUUCUCAGUCUGUAACAGCAACGCAAGACGAUAUCACCCAAUCAAAUCUUCACCAUCAAAUUCAAUCUCGAUCGCUACCUGGAGAUCUACAAACAGAUUCAUUGAGCCCAACUCCACUACCCAGUUUCCAAGAGACGUACACUGCUCAUCAACGCUACACACGCCAGGAACUUCAGAGUCUGGACAUCAAGAUGGACGAUGAAUGCUUUGACGCUCUUCAGUAUGCUUGCGCAGAUACUCCUUAUACUGCUGAAUUUGCCGCAGCUAUUCCAUAUCAUCCGCAACAACAGCCCCAGCCCCAGCAUCAUCACCAUCACCAUCACCAUCAUCAACACCAACAACAACAGCAGCAACAGCAGUCCCAGCAGCAUCAUCAGCAACAUUCAAUGAUGCACCAUCAUCAGCAGCAACUUCCUCAUCAGCAUCAACAUCACCAUCGUCAGGAAAAUCAUCAUCACCAAAAUAUUCCACCAACGCUGACACCACCUCCAGUAGCAGUGCCAAUUCAAUCAGUAACAGCAAUGGCUAUUUCACCAUCUCCACCAUCACCGUCACAGCCAACUCCUCCACCUCCUCCACCUCCACCACCACCACCAGGAUACUUCUCAGCGAUAACGUCGAAUCACAGUGCCACAAUGCAGUCAGCUGGAAAUUUGCACCAGAGAGACUUGUCCGGUGCUUUCACAAAUGUACCUAUGGCGGCCUACGGGCAAGGAAAUAUCAUGAGUGUAUCACCGGUUUCGAUGACAUCCAACGUUACCGGAUCAAAUGUUCAUAUUGGAUCGACACGUUCUCGAGCACCAAUGCUCCAAAGAUCAGACUCUACGAGCAGUGGUAGCAAUCAAGAGUCCCCCAAAUCAUGUCCGAGCACAUCUAGCAAUGUUAAUUCAACUCCAUCACCCAGUAGUAAUGAACGGGCGCCACAGAGUCCAAGCCAAUUAUGUGCUGUUUGUGGUGACACUGCUGCUUGUCAGCAUUACGGAGUCCGUACCUGUGAAGGUUGCAAGGGAUUUUUCAAGAGAACUGUACAAAAGGGAUCCAAAUAUGUUUGUUUGGCUGAAAAAUCGUGUCCUGUCGAUAAACGACGUCGCAACCGAUGCCAAUUCUGUCGGUUUCAAAAGUGCCUGAUGGUCGGAAUGGUCAAAGAGGUUGUCAGAACAGAUUCUUUGAAAGGUCGACGAGGAAGACUUCCUUCCAAACCAAAAUCACCACAAGAAUCACCUCCAAGUCCGCCCGUUACUCUAAUUACUGCAUUAGUACGAGCUCACGUUGACACAACCCCUGAUGUUGCUAAUUUAGAUUACUCUCAGUACCAUGAACCUGGCGUACCUGCACCGUUGGUAACAGAUGCUGAAAAAGUUCAACAAUUUUAUAAUUUACUUGCGACGUCCAUUGAUGUUAUUCACAACUUCGCUGAAAAAAUUCCUGGAUUUACGGAUCUAUUAAAAGAAGAUCAAGAAUUACUCUUUCAAUCAGCGAGCUUAGAACUUUUCAUUCUCAGGUUAGCUUAUCGUACAAGAGUCAGUGAUAAUACUUUAACAUUUUGCAACGGAGUUGUGCUAUCACGAACACAAUGUUACCGGUGUUUCGACGAAUGGCUAUUCAAUAUCUUGAAAUUCUGUCAUGUUCUCCAUAGUGUAGAAAUUGAUGUCAGUGCAUUCGCAUGUCUUUGUGCCCUCACACUCGUUACAGAUCGGUAUGGUUUGAAAGAACCACAACGAGUAGAAGAUUUACAAAUGAGAAUAGUAUCAUCACUUCGUGAUCACGUAACUUACAAUUCAGAAGCCCAGAGAAAGACUCAGUACCUGUCACAUUUAUUAAGUAAACUCCCAGAUUUAAGAAGUCUUGCUGCACAAGGUCUUCAGCGAAUUUUUUACCUCAAGGUGGAGAAUCUUGCACCGAUGCCACCUCUUAUUGAAUCUUUAUUCGUUAAUAGCAUUCCCUAUUGAAGAAAUAAAUAAUUCAUUAACUGCAGCUAUAUUAUUUAAUGAUUAUUAUUUCAUUAAUAAUAU